CCGAUAUCAUCGAUAUUUUAUACCUUAGUCAAAACUCAAAAUUCAAUAAUCGAAUAAUCUGUCUGUCAAACAUCAAAAGUUGAAAACUGAGGGCUGGCCGAGGCUGAUGCUGCUCUGCUGCGUUUAAGUAAUUAAAUGAUGGAAGCACAGGAGGUGGAGGCGCAGGCGGCGACUGGAAGUGGCCAACAACAACUCAAGCUUUAUUCCUACUGGAUGAGCUCUUGCUCCUUCCGUGUCCGAAUUGCUCUCAACUUGAAAGGGCUGAAAUACGAGUACAAAGCUCUGGCAAAGGGAGAGCAAUUCAGUCCCGAGUUCAGAAAGCUGAAUCCGAUGGGGUAUGUGCCUGUGCUUGUGGAUGGGGACACCGUUGUUGCUGACUCAUUUGCCAUCAUAUUGUAUUUAGAAGAAAAGUACCCGCAGCAUCCAUUGUUACCACCAGAUCUUCAGAAAAAGGCUAUCAAUUACCAGGCUGCAAAUAUUGUUUCCUCAAGCAUACAACCUCUACAGAAUAUGACUGUACUGAAGUACAUUGAAGAAAAGGUUAGGCCCGUUGAGAAACUUGAAUGGGUUCAAUUUCAUAUUGGAAAAGGCUUUUUAGCACUUGAAGAACUGCUGAACAACCAUGCAGGAAAAUAUGCAACUGGAGAUGAAGUUUACAUGGCAGAUUUGUUUCUGGCACCACAGCUUUAUGCAGCCAUUACAAGGUUCCAGCUAGACAUGACUCAGUUUCCCCUUUUGGCCAGGUUGCAUGAGGCAUACAAUAAGAUACCAGCAUUCCUAGAUGCUUUACCAGAAAAGCAGCCGGAUGCUCCUUCAUAGUUAAACAAUUGGGUUGAAGAGGGACCCUAUUUGAAUUCGUCAGUUCCAUUCUUCUGAAACUCCCUUUUUUAAUUCAGAUGAAGCGUAUCCAUCCCAAAGUGCAAAAUCAAGGGUCGACAAUUAUGGUAUGAGUUGAAGCAUUUGAAAUGUUGUAAAGCCCUCAGGUGUUGGUCUGUCCAAAUAAGGGUUAUCCCAUGAUGGAAUAAUGAUGAAUCUGUAGAAUGUUGUGGUUGAAUUGUUGAGUGAUGUAUGUAAUGGUUUGGAAUGUCUGUCAAAAUAGUCAUUUGAUUUUGAAGUAUACAUCCUGUGUACUUGGAGGAUACAGCUUCCUGUAUUGUCGAUACAAUGACUUAUCAGUUGUCUAGCAA